AUGGCCCAAGUCCAAUACCCUGUGAAAAGACGGAAAUGGGACGAUUAUCCUGGCUGGACCACCAGUCUUGCCGAUGGCCCCGAGUCUGAGAUGCUGAGGGAAUAUGAAGAAGGCGGUCUGUGUCCCAUUGUGAUUGAUGACGUGCUGAGUGGCGAUGAUCUGUUUAGUCCGCAGUCCUACUCCUUCAAGAUCAUCGGCAAGUUAGGCUGGGGAUCCUAUUCCACCGUCUGGCUGGGCAAGGAAUUGCAAUCAGGCCGGUUCUUAGCUCUCAAGGUGUUGAGGCGUGAGCACAUUACCCGAGAUAAUGUGGAAAUGAGAAUCCUGAAGACACUGGGCAAAUUGCAGCUGGCCUUUUUCUACACUCACCAGCCUACUCAGGACCAGUUCCUGUGUCUUGGGCUGCUGCCACUGGGAGCUACCUUUCCAGAAAAUGGCGAAGAGUAUCUUGUGCGACUUUCUGAUCUCCCUUCCAUCACCACUGUCAUCAGACCCUUAUUGACAAAGGUGCUCAACUUCCAUAAGCAUGGAAUCUGCCAUGGUGAUCUCAGUCAUUCAAACAUUGCCUUUGGAGUGCACCCGGAUGCAUUCACUUCUGAAGCCUUGCAAGAGACCUUCCAGGAGGACUCCAAAUCAUACAUCAAGCUUGUGGGAGUCCCUGGAGCACCACCUCCCCGGCCAGCCAAUCUACCAGAAUACAUAGUCUUCCAUCGAAAUCCCCUCAAGACAAACAGCACUGACUUGUCCCUGGUAGACAUCAUAGAGUUUGGGAAAGCAUUUGAUACACCCAAGAAGGACGGAAUUGCUUACGCUCUCAACCUUGAACAUCUAUUUGGGGAUGAAAGUAUCAUCGAGCAGUAUUGCGGUGAUGACAAUGCACAAGUUGCUAUAAUUGAAAAUUUUAUAAGAUGGAAUACCUUCUUAAAAGACUCUGCCAAACAUAGGGCUUUGGCUUGUCAGCUUAUUCACGCUCUACUGCAGGUCGACCCCGAGCGUCGGGAUCCUGAGAAAGCAAUGCAGUUGCUCUGCCAGUUGGAGGCCGAUACCAAGUAG